AUUGGUGCGUUCCUUUCACUGACGUUUCUCUGUAUUGGGUGGGUGAUUAUUCUGUUUUAACAACAUGUUACGAAACAGGGACACCUUGAGUCCAGGAGAAUUUUUUUAAUUACUCAAAUGCAACAUUGGACUGCAGCAGUGAAGAUAUAAUUACAUUUUAAGGAUGACUGGCAGCACAAGAGGAUGCUCUCCGCUUUAAGCUUAGCUGUCUUCCUUGUCUGGGCCACAUUAAGCGCACACACUACUGGUCAACCCUGCCGAUGUUCAGCCCUCCUGCCUGAUGGCCUGCAGGUCAACUGCAGCUCUUUAAACCUCAUGGAGCUGCCUCAUCUUCCCUCAGAUACCACAGACCUCGAUGUGCAGAACAACCGCCUCAUCUCGUUGACUCCAGGCCUCUUCGACAGACUGGUUGGUCUGAAAAAGGUCUCACUAUCUGGCAACCCCUUUCAUUGUGACUGUAGAAUCCAAUACCUGAGGAACUGGUUACUGAAGAACAGGGAUGUUGUCUCCAAGGAGCCCACCUGUUCCACUCCAAGCUCUGUGUCUCAGAGAGCCAUCACUGAACUCAGCGACAACUACUUUUCUUCCUGUGUCCUGACAGGCUGUACUUAUGGGAUUUAUAGCACUGUGAUGGGAGUGAUACUAUGCUGCCUCAUUGUUCUGCUUCUGUGCAGCUUGAGACUAGCCAAAGCAUGCACAUUCACUCUGUACAUAUAUGAGAGACAUUCGGGAUUCAAGGCCGACUCUUUGCUCUCACGGAAGCCCAAACACAGGAGGAGGCUGCACACUGCACGGUCAGAGGUCAGCACGGAUUCCCUCACGUGUGUGGAGGAUCUAGAAAAAACACUUAUCAACAUGGAGUUACUGCCUCAAGUAUUGGAUGUGUUGCACAAGAAGCACAAUAUAAAGAUAAAGGCUACCUGAGGGACCUACUGCAGUGAAA